AGCUAAGCUAACAUAACUGUAUACUAUAAGGCAGCUUCAUUGUCUGCCAGCUGAAGCAUACCCACGGUAAGCUCCGGGGCAGUGAGCACGCGCUGUGUUAAGGUGUUCGGUUAGCUAGCGUUCGUUACAAUGUCGCUCGCGCUUAGUGACGCCGCACAAAGGAGCGUUCCACGGUAUUACACAAAGUUAACGGUGUGAGUUAAGUAGCUCUCAGUUAGCUCAGGGUGGCAGCCAGCGGCUCAGCCAGCAGCGUGUUAAAGCCCCUCCACAGACAGCUCUCCUAUUCCAGUCCUCUGCUGGCACUUAACACAGCGACACAUAACCCAAACUUAAAGCGACGCGAGGCUGCCAGCACAUCGCCUUCUUCCAUUUCCUUCAAAACGGGACUACCUGCGCCUAUUUCUUCACGUUUUGUGCUUGGGUAUUUUUUUAUUUCAUUUUAUUUUUUUAAACGGCGGAGCUCCAUCACCCACAGAGUCUGCGCUUUAUCCCCCGAGCAGCCCGAUAAGGGCUGAUGCUUGAGGACAGUGGGGGCUCUCUAAUGAUCCCACCAUUCAUCCAAUGAACCCCCUUAACUCCAUGAAACCUUCCCUGCCUCCCACUCCACAGAGCACUGACAGCCCCUUCCUAAAUGAGCCAGUCUCCUGGCAACCAGGCACCAAUCAACACGCAAGAUCUCUUUCUGUAGUAACCACAGUGUGGGGCGUGACCAAUCCCACACACAGCCAGGUGUUUGGAUCACCCAUGGGCCCCGGCGAGAGUUCUGGUGGUCACAUAAUGCCAGUUGGCAGCCCAGGGAUGGGCGGCAGCAUGGGCUCCCAAUUCAUGGGCCAGCAGUCGUAUGGGGAUGGCGUGUCUAAAGGCUACGGCCAGCCGGUCAUGUACGGACGACCCAGCACCGCCUACAACCCGGCUUCAGCAUAUGGAGGAAGUUACUCUGGCAACGGCGGAGGCGCGGGCCUGGGCGUCCGCGCUCCCUCCGACUUCACUCAGGCUGCAGCUGCCGCUGUUGCCGCCGCCGCCGCCACAGCCACUGCCACCGCCACGGCAACGGUCGCAGCAAUACAGGAGAAACAGAACCAGGAGCUGAGCUAUGGUCAGAUGGGUGGAGCAUCCCCUUACAGCAACCAGUUCCUGUCUCAUUCUGGGCCCCGCGGGCCCCCAGGGAUGAACCACGGCGGGAUGAUCCCCUUGAGGCCCGGACUGCCACCUUCCACAGGUGGGCUGUAUCCCUCUCACCCCACGCAGGCCCAGAGGAUGCCCCAGCACACUGGCUUCUCAGGCGGACAGCAGGGUCUCAAGCGACCUUUCCAUUCAGAGGGGUUUCCGGGGCAACAGUACAGCUCUGGAGGGAUCUCUGGGUAUUCCAACCAGCCUCUGCAGUACCCCAGUGGUCCACAGCAGAGAUGCGCGCCGUCACCCUCUUACCCGUCCAGUCGGAUGCCUCACAUGGGGCCGUACACAUCUGGAACCCACAACCCAACACAAUUCCCUCCUGGUGCCAGCCAGCCCAAUCCUCCACAGUUUUAUAAGUCAGAGCCUUUCAAUGGCCAGGGCAGUCUACCAUCUGGAGCAGCAGGGGGCUACAACGCCUUUACACAGGCUGCAGUCAAUGGGCCAGGUCGAGGUGCAGUGAUACCCGGUUACCCCAGCUCCCCGAUGGGAGGGAACCCCACCCCGCCGAUGACACCAGGGAGCUCCAUACCCCCCUACCUCUCCCCAGGCCAGGACACUAAGCCACCUUACCUUCCGCUGGACUCCAAAGCCAACAUCAGCACCCAGCAGCCCUCUACAGGUAACCCUAGCGACGACCUGCGUCUGACCUUCCCCGUCCGAGACGGCGUGGUAUUGGAGCCGUUUCGAUUGGAGCACAACCUGGCUGUCAGCAACCACGCGUUCCAGCUCCGAGACUCGGUCUACAAAACACUGGUGAUGAGACCAGAUCUGGAGCUGCAGUUCAAAUGUUACCACCAUGAAGACAGGCAGAUGAACACUAACUGGCCUGCCUCUGUGCAGGUCAGCGUUAAUGCAACUCCUCUGUCCAUCGAGAGAGGGGACAACAAGACGUCCCACAAGCCCCUGUACCUGAAGCAAGUGUGUCAACCGGGACGCAACACUGUGCAGAUCACCGUGACGGCAUGCUGCUGCUCUCACCUGUUUGUGCUGCAGUUGGUCCACCGGCCGUCGGUCAGGUCCGUCCUGCAGGGCCUGAUGAAGAAGAGGUUGCUGCCAGCUGAGCACUGCAUUACCAAGAUAAAGCGAAACUUCAGUAGCGGCACCAUCCCCGGGACGCCUGGUCUAAACGGAGAGGACGGAGUGGAGCAGACGGCAAUCAAAGUCUCCCUCAAGUGUCCGAUCACAUUCAGACGAAUCCAGCUGCCAGCCAGAGGCCACGACUGCAGGCACAUACAGUGUUUUGACCUGGAGUCUUAUUUACAACUGAACUGUGAAAGAGGGACGUGGCGGUGUCCCGUGUGCAAUAAAACGGCUUUGCUAGAAGGCCUGGAGGUCGACCAGUACAUGCUGGGGAUUCUGGUCUACAUACAGAAUUCUGAUUACGAGGAGAUCACCAUCGACCCGGUGUGCGGCUGGAGGCCUGUGCCAAUCAAACCCGACCUCCACAUAAAGGAGGAGCCUGACGGUCCGGUCCUAAAGCGCUGCCGCACAGUCAGUCCAAGUCACAUGGUCCUGCCGAAUGUGAUGGAAAUGAUCGCGGCCCUGGGGCCCGCUUCGUCCCCAUACCAGAGUCUGAGUGCAGGGGGCAGGAACACUCCUGACUACAGCCGGCCAGGAAGCCAGGGAUUCUCCGGACAAACAGGAUUUACAGACUUCCCCAACACUCCUGGGACCCCAACACUCGGAGAGUACGCCUCCUCCGGACCGCCGCCCCCACUCCCCUACCAGUCUGAGCAGGCGGCCCACUCUGGAGGAAUGGAGCACUCGCAUGGCAGCAUUCUCCAGCAGCACGUAUCGGGGGUCCAUAACAACCAGAGUCUUGGCGAGGCUAGCAGCCCGUUAGCACAGAGGAGCUCAGCCACACAGAACUCACGGCUGCAGGGCGAAGGCUCCUUCAAUCUGGGAGGGCCUGGAGGGGAGGGGGCCGAUCACGCUCUGGAUCUUCUCCCCGAGCUGACCAACCCAGACGAGCUGCUGUCGUACCUGGGCCCCCCCGACCUCCCGAACAACAGCAACGACGACCUGCUGGCGCUGUUCGAAAACAACUGACAUGUGGACUGAGCUGAAGAGGGCCGCCCGACCCCGUUUGCACCCGCUUCAGCGUGUGUGUGCAUACCAGUGUUUUUGUUCGUCUCUUGUCUUUUAAGUGUCCUACUGUACUCUGAGGUCCUUUCAGUGCAGUGUGGAGGUGCAUGAAGGAACAUGGUGAGUGAAGAAAAAAAAGAGCCUAACAGGCACCGACUCCACAGGCCAGCAUUUCAAACACAAGCACAAGCCUCAGACUGGAAGGUGAGGGGGGUGUAUGAGGAAGAAGAUAGAAGCUGAAGGAUGCUCACAUUAACUCUACUGUAGCUGUUGCAUAUUGCCAUACGCAUUUGAAAUAUUUAGUGGAAAGGAGCAGAUUUUCAUCUGUAAGUCGAAGACAUCAGUGAAACCGAACUGCAAAGAAAAUCUGCUCAGUAUUGAAACACUAGUUGUGUUUCCAGUGACCAUGUAAUUUGACAUUUUGAAUAUAAACACCAAUUUUGAUAACUAAUUUCUUGAUCAAAAGUUUUGGUGCCUUGACGGUUUGGUUUUCGGUCAUAUUGAUAUCAGUUUACUGAGCAAAACCCUUUUUCCGCAUCACACCAGCCUCAUGGGUCAACAACCAUGUGGCGCAAACCACAAAGAAGAAGACGACAGAAAGAAGUUGGCAUGUUUUUUAAUGAGUUAUCGUGUGAACAAACUUAUUGAGGUGUGAUUUUAAUUGCGCUUUUUACUGAAUGGAAACAGCACAAAGGCAAAAAACAAAGUUUUGCGCACAUUUGUUAAUGGAAACACAGCUGGUGUCUCUUGUAUAUGAUGAUUAAAGGUCCUCACACAUACAGGGUCAAGCAGUAUUGUAACAACAGAUAACUGAAAUGUAUCCGUUUAUCAGCCUCACUUUAUUAUUGUUUGGUUUUUAUGCCUCUCACAGCCCAAAGUUAGUAUUGUGGUCAAAAAACAAUUUUUAAAGAUAACUUUAAUGGCUAUUUGGGAAAAACCUCGUCACAUCUGUAUGUAUGAAGAUCUUUAGUUUUUUUUGUGGCAUUUCAAAAUAUUUUUAUUUCAUCAAAGACAUAAAAAUCAAAACCAACAUCAUCUCUUUGUCAAUCCUUAAAUGAUUUAUUUCUUCAUUUCUCUGAGUAUUAGGAAGGAGAGUAAGAACCUGAACACAACAAAGAUAUAAUCAGUAUAAUCCUGAUAUAAUCAGUUUAAAUAGAUCUAAGUCAAUACAUUUUAUACUCUGAAUACAAUUUUUUUCGAAACUCUAUGAAUCUAAUUUGCUGCUCCAUUGCAUGUUAAGUUGCAGCUCAUGUUGUCCAGACUGUGUAUCAGAUUUAGAAUCGGUGUCAGAAGCAAAAGCAGCAAGAAAGUGCCUUGAAGUGCAGUUGCCACUUUUGGCCAACAGUGGCUACUAUAGUACUAAAAGAUAUAUUUUUCUGACAAUUCAACCACACAUCUGUUCAAAUUGAUCCGACCUAUCACACUGUGCAGUGAGCUCCGUUUAUUAUUCAGAUUAGUUACAAAUGUUUUCUAGGAAAACCCAGCACAUUGCAUCGAGUCGUUGACUUGCAGAAAAAUUAGUACAUUUACACCAAAAAAGUCAGAAAUGUCGAAAUUAAUCGCAGAAUAUGUUUCAGAAAAAAACAAGGAGAUUUCUGAGCCUGCAAGGUAGAAAAUUUGCUAGAAAAACUCUGAAAUUUUCUAGAAAAAGCUUCUGAGUUUCAAAAGUACUAAUUUUUUGACUUUUGGAAAUUUUCAAAUUUUUCCAGAAAUUCUUUUGGCCUUGAUUAGAGAAAAAAUAUUAGGAGGAUGCUACAAAAUCAAGGUUACUGAUUUGUUGUGUGCCUGACAUUAGCAUUGCGAGAAGAUUUUAAUAAGUCGGGGGACAAAAUCAGCCUUAAUUGAAAAACAAAAGGUUUCUGUCAGCAUCAACCACCUUAGCUGCAUUCUUCAAUUUCCAUCAUAGGACGUAUGAAACCAGUCCACUAAACACUGUUGGUUUUGUUUUUUAUGUCAUUUACUAGAAAACUAAAACCAAAAAAAACUGACACUUAGUGCAACUGCAGCAUCAGUUUUCUGAGGUUCACUGUCUGCGACGGGCUUCAGCAUUGUGGGAAAAGAAAAAGUGAAAUCCCCCCCACACCAGCACCACCGCCGUUCCUUCCCUGUGUCGGGGCUUUCAGAGCUGUGUGCGCGAUGGCCUUUUCUGCCAUUGUAUGUUUUUAAAUGGUUUCACAUGUAUAACCCAUCCAGACGCGGGUUUAUGUACUGUAUAAUCAGCUGUUUUCAUUUGAGAACGUGUGUGUAUCAAAAGAAUUGUUAAUCAUGGUAACUUUGUCAUUAGUUGGAUAAUGGAUCAUUGUUGGCACUGUAUACAUUCUAUAUGUUAGAAAACUAUAAAGCUGUUGUAAAAACAACCCAUCAGUGUCAUACACACAUAGGCACAUGAUGCAUGUAUGACAGAAACUAGUCAUCUGACAUUAGGUCAGGCAGUGAAACAUGCAACAGUUGGUUCCUAAUUCUACUUUGUAAAGCUGAAGUUUACUGUUUGUUUUUUUUUUUUUUUUUCUAUGAUCAGUUUUGCAACCGCACCCUUUGUGGUUCAGCGUUGCCUUAACGAGGUAACUACAGCAAAAAUGUUCUUUGCCAAUUUGAGCAACAGCGAUAUUAUAUUUGGAAACGAUGGACUAUUUAACUGCAAAUUUGCUAGAAAGGAAGAAGAAGAAAAAAGCUUUUUUAAAUAUGUAAACUACUCCACAUAUUUUGUAGCACAUUGUAAUUGCCAUUAUUUUCUAUUUAUUUUUUAAUCAUAAUCAUCAUUGUACCCACAUUUACUUUGUCUCCCCCUCCCCUCCCACCUCUGAAUCUAAAUUAAAAGUCACUUUAUUUGGCAAAAACUGUUUGAUCUUUCAUAUUUACUGAAAACGUUUCUUGUCAUUAGUGACCAGGAUCCACUUCACUGGACUUUCUCCAUGGAAGUGUUUUAAUCUGAACCCUUUCAUUAUUAAUUCAACAAAGGUGCUGUUGAAAUGGUCAAAAAAUCCAAGUUCCUAUUGGGCCCAAAUAACUGGAAAUGAAACGUGUUGCUGAUGAGAAGCACUUGAUCAAAUCAUCAUCAGGAAACACGGCCGCCUCUUUGAAUCAGCGCUUUGUGCAAGCAAUGAAGAAGCAACUGUUGUUCUGGCCGAUUGCUGC